UUAAGGAAGCGUUUGAGAGAUGCAUGGUCAAAGGCGGCACCGAGACUCAAGUUUACAAGAACAAUGGAUCCCAGAAGAGCAAAUUUCAGAUUGAGCUUUGGGUACAGUGAGCACUCCGGUKUCCCUGGGGAGAGGAAGUGCAGUAGUAAUUUUGAUGGAUGGAACGGUGUUCUUGCCCAUGCCUUCGCGCCUCAAGAUGGCCGUGUUCAUUUUGAUGAGAAGGAAUGGUGGUCAGCRUAUGAGAAUCACGGUUUAUUCAAGCAACCCUUACCACAGGUAGCCACCCAUGAGAUCGGCCACGCCCUUGGGCUUAAACACUCUAAUGUUGACGGUGCCGUCAUGUGGCCAAGCUGCUGCUACUCAACCGCUGACUUGAGUAACGACGAUAUCGCUGGCAUCAAAAAGAUCUAUGGUGAGUUGACUAGGUGAACAUCAUCAAAAAACCCCCAUGGGGAGUGAGGUUCGCAAAAUGUGCAUUUUUACUUGUGUUUAGUUUAUGUGGAAGAGAAAAUUUAUCAUUGAU